AUGGGUCCUGUGCUGGUCAACAUUGGGCUCAACUUCGACUCGGAACGCAGCACUUUCAUUGCACCCCGAAAGGGCAUCUACAGCUUUAAUUUCCACGUGGUGAAGGUGUACAACAGGCAGACCAUCCAGGUGAGCUUAAUGCUCAACGGGUGGCCGGUGAUUUCUGCGUUUGCUGGGGAUCAAGACGUCACAAGAGAAGCCGCCAGCAACGGGGUUCUGAUCCAGAUGGAGAAAGGAGACCGCGCCUAUUUAAAACUGGAGAGAGGAAACUUGAUGGGGGGCUGGAAAUACUCCACUUUCUCAGGAUUUCUAGUUUUUCCUCUUUAA